UUAUAUUAAGUAGGGCCAAUAGGAACAAAGAAGAGGCCGGACCCAGGCUCCACCUCUCCCCGACCGCCUUCCUCUGAGCUUUUUAGAUGUACAUAAUCCCUGAGUUGACCCAGAAAACAGGCAGUCGUUUCAAGAUCUGAUGCGGCAGUCUUUGUGCACACCGUCCCCGCCGCUGGAGCAUGACGCGUAACCCGCAGGAAUAGACGCUGUAAUUCGGAGGGGAGCUUCGCCUUGUGGAGGAAAACAGUUUAAACAGACGGAGCCGAAGCAAAGUCGCGCAACUUUGUGAAAACGUCGCGGAUUCGGGAGGCAUGGCGGACCAUCUGAUGAUGCCCAUGAAUCACAGCUCAGCGGGCGCUAGUCUCCACGGUUACAGGAUGGGCAUGAACGGCGGCCUGCAGGCAGGUCACCAGCCGCAUGCCAACCAGCAGGGCAUGCGGGCGCUGCCCAACGGCCAGAUGAUGCACUACGGCGGCGCCCAGGCCAACAUGGAGACCGCCAUGAGGCAGCGGCAGGGCAUGGUGGGCGGGCCCAUGAACGGACAACUGAAUGGGGCCCAGAUGGGUCACCACCAGAUGACCUCUGGUAACAUGAUGUAUAAUGGGCAGCAGCAGCAGCAGCAGCAUCACCCUCAGCAGCAGCAUCACAUGCAUCCACAGCAGCAGCAACAGCACCACCACCAACAACAACAACAACAACAACAGCACCAACAGCACCAGCAACAGCCCAGCACCCACAGCAGCAGCACAACACAACAGUUUAUGAACGGAGUUACGUUCCAGCAGCUCAUGGUCAGCAUGCAGCUGCAAAAACUCAACACCCAGUACCAUGGACACCUACUGGUACCUAUGGGUGGUAACCACUUGGGGUCCAUGACCCAGUACCGAAUGAACCCGGCCCAGCUGGCUAACAUGCAUCACAUGGCCGGGCCCGCCCCCCUGAACGGCAUGGACGCGGACAUGAUCGACGAGGAGGUUCUGACCUCGCUUGUCAUGGAGCUGGGCUUGGACCGGGUCCAGGAGCUGCCUGAACUCUGCCUGGGACAGAAUGAGUUUGACUUCAUCUCAGACUUUGUCAACAAACAGCAGCCCAGCACCGUGAGCUGCUGAGAGGACCUGAUUUUUUGCGAAAGGUGGGGGGGACAAACGGAGACGCGCGGAGAGCGAAUUGUCCAGGGCGGACGAAGAGCGCUCGUCUUUUUUACUUUACUAUUUUUGGGGAGCGCGUCCCAGUACGACUAAAGCGCUGUUGCGGGCGUGGGACGCACAGAAGAGGACUCUGGGUACCCGCGGGGGAACACGCCGUGCUGGAGUCUCACGCGUGUGUCCUGAGGGUGGUUGGGUUGGAGGCAGAAGUCCACUCCUCCCAUUUCCUGGACAUGAAUGUAAUGAAGACGUGCAGCAGUGCUUAGAAGCCACUCUGAACAAUGCUAAGACACUGUGUAGCCUCCAAGUCCGGACUCCAUGACAGUUUACCAGUAAAAAAAAAGGUGUAUUUAUUUAUUCCUAUCUGAGAAAACUGGUGUAAAGAACGACCGUCUCCUUUUUGGAACCCGAGUGGUUCCAAUGUUUUUUUUGUUUCUCUGAGAGUCGGAUGCGGGAAAAGUUUUAAAUUAAGUCCUCAAGAGUUUCCCGUUCUGUUUGGCCUAGUAUUUAAAUGAGCUCAGACGAUAGCUUCAUCUAAGAAGAGCUUAUAUUUUCUAUCGUAAGUCAGACCCAGUAGAAGAACACGGUUCUCAUUUGAUCCAGAUUUUAAAAAACGGUUCACUUU